AUGGCAUAUCAGUACCAGUACCAGCUACCCCUGGCUGAUGAUUAUUCCUCGGAGCUUGAGGAGUUUUGUGGGAAGAUCAAGGCACCCAUCAUUGUUGAGGAAGUCUCCACUGAGCUCCUGGAGAUGGUGGUGGACUCAGAGCAGAAGAGAUUCCUGGCUGACCUCUCUCACUCUCACAGGCCUAUCCUGGCCCAACAGCUGUAUGAAGAGCUUGCUGCUGCUGGAUACAUUAUCUCUCAUGUUCCUGAUGAACUCCUGGAGAUGACUGAGAAGAAGUCUGCGGAGAAGGCAUUCCUGGCUGCUGUCUCUGAAAGUCUUUUCCUAGCCUUACUGCCUCCUGAAGCCAUACAGCUUGUGGCAACUGGACACAUCACUGAUGUCCGUGCUGAGAAAGCUCUGGUGAAGGCUGAAGCCAAGGAGUUGGUGAUGCCUGGCCUGAAGACUGCAGCUUCCAAAGUUGUGGAGGACCUCAUAGCAGCUGCAGUAGAGAUGGUUCACACGACCACUCCCCUGGAUACCCAGAUUUCUCAGACACGGAAGGUGGCCCUCAUCAAUGGGAAGUCUGAGAUUGCUGCUGAGGAUGUUCUUAAUGAACUCCUGGACAAGGUUGUGAAAGAGUCUGAGAAGAGGAGAUCCCUGGCCCUGAUCUCUGUCUCUGACUGCCCUCUCUUGGCCACACAGCUUCCUCAGCUCACCGAUCUUGUUCCUGAGAAGUGCAGUGGAUUUUCUGCACCUUGCUCUUCACCUUUGGAUAUUUUCAGACACAUGGAGAGGCUGCCAACAGAUAAAGACAGACAGGUGAAGAAGAAGAAGAAGAAGAAGGGAAUCCGUGCAUUCUUCAGAGGGCUUUGGAAGAGGAUGAUUUGUUCCUCUGGAAUCCCCAAAGAGGACUGA